AUGAGGGACAUGAACGACCCGUGUUUCCCACUGAUGUCGGACCAAGACACUGAACACGACAGACCUCCGAUCAAAUGUGACAAUAACCUCAAGAUGACGAUAUCGAAUGAGCCCCAGUUCGAGCACAUGAGCUCGAAUAUGAAGACGAAGGAGCAACUAGACAUGUGGGACAAGGACCCGACUGAUGUGAAUAAGCAUGUCAGGAUAAGAUCCGUGUGGUUUGAGGAGGUCUUGGCGGAACCAGACGGCAUGCAUACAUGUAGUUUCGAUAGGGUCUGGCGUUACAGCUUCAUCACCUUCACCUUCGUCAAGUCUUGGUCCUACCGUAUCUGCACGCUGCUGUGCGGUAUUCUCUUCUCCAUCUGCUGGGGUGUGUACUUUGCCUGCCUCACUUUCCUGCCACACAUCUGGUACGUGGUUCCCUGCAUCAAGUCCUGUUUUAUCGUUCUCCCUUGGGCCAGUAAGUUGUGGACGCUAUUCAUCCAGACAUUCUGCGAUCUGUGCUUCAAGUCUUUGGCCAGGGUUUUAAGCAACAUUCAGUUUACUAGCUAUCGACAGUGA